AACGUCCUCAGUGUUGGUCGAACAUAGGAAAAGCUGUGGAAACGGCUGAUAAAGUCAGUCACACUUGUCUCUCGUCCUUCUUUCCCACUCUUAACUAACGUUUCGUUAUUCUCUAACGUUUAAUUUAAAUCAUUGCAUAAUUGCCUUCGUCAUCUGUUCAAAAAAAAAAAAAAAAAAAUGGCAAACCGCUCAGUUGUGACGUCAGUAUUCCACCUAUCGAAUUCGAGUGUCUUCGACUUGAAGAACGCCAGUGAUUUCGACGCUAUCGAUCACGAUGAUGUCAUCAGAAAUAUUCGCGUCGUAUUCGCCACGUUCGGCGUAGUGCUCGGAAUCUCGGCCAUCGGUUUGAACGCUGCCAUCGUCGUAGCAUCGGUCGUCAAGAAUGCCCGAACUCCGUUUUCAUUGCAAACACUCCAUCUGAUGGCUUCGCUGGCCAUGGCCGAUCUGAUCCUUCUAAUGUUCGGUUUACCUUACGAUCUGGUUGCUGCCAUCGACGGCUAUUGGUUGGAAGGGCCGAUUGGAUGUCAAAUGUCCGCUUAUCUGCCUGAAGCGUCACGUUUUGCUUGGGUCGGCACAGUUCUAUUAGCCUUGCCACUUCGUUGGCCAUCGAUGAUGAAGACGCGCAAACGGACGAUCGUAUGGACGCUGCUCGUUUGGAUCCUCUCGUUGUGCGUCGUUAUUCCCUUCGCUCUUCACGUUGACUGUCUCGGGCUGUUCCAGACGUCUGGCGAUUACCCUACGACACCGGAAGCCGAGCCUUCGUUACGAAAGGAGGAGGACGGCCUUUGUGUCUGCGUGUUCACCGUGGGCCAAUCGGAAGUCGUCCGCAUGUUCGGUUCGUCUCUUCUGGCCUUCUCGCUCUUGCCCGUCAUCGCUAUCGCACUGAUCAGCUUGAAGACGCGCACGUACGAAACGCAGCCAUCCGACAUGGACAAACGCAACACGUCUCCUAGAAGGCUGGCCGUCAUGUUGUUGGCGUUUAUGGCGUGCACUUUGCCUCGCUACGUGCACAUCGUGGUCAACUAUUCCGAUCACGCUCCAACGAUGGAUGGCCAUUACGGAUUGGCCUUGUCCAUUAUGGAAAUCCUUUGCUGUGGCCUUUUCUAUUGCUCGACGCUGAUUCAUCUGGUCGUGUCGCCGCAUCCGCGUGCCUUACUCCGCCAGCUUUGCAGACAUCGUCCACGCCAAGUCUACGUCACUAAAAACUAAAAAGACACACAUUUCGACAGAGCCAACCACUUAACUCGGUUCGCAAUCCAUCAAAAACCAGUCGGCUUUUUUUGCCAUUCUAAAAAAAAAAAAAAACGGUGACUCGCCUUCGUACCUCGACCUGCUGACCUACAGCCUCAGCAGUAAAACGUGGUGUCUACAUUGUUAAACGAACAAUGGACCGCAUGAUCGUUUGAUAUUUCCAUGUGUGUAAUGCCGCGAUUUCAGCUCGACAUUCGCAUCAUUGCAAACGGAAGCUGUACAAAACAAUAAAAUAAAAUAACGAUGCAA